UGGACACAACUGCUCAGCGAGAUCCCAUCCCGUGUCCCCUCACACCGUGCGCAGUGCGCCCUGCCAGGGCUCGUUCCUCACACAGACACAAAGUAAGUUUCGGUGUUCAGAGCCCAGUACCUCACCUCUCCUACAAACCAGGGGCUGUUAGCCCUUUUCCUACAAGGUCACAUUGCAAAGGUGUGCCCCUUUCAGAGGAACGGGAAAUCUUUCUGACGGAAGGUUUUCCGAGUCUCGGCCGUGGCGGUGGCGGUGUCCCCGCAGGCCUGUCCCGGGCGGGGGCCGUGGCUCUGUCCGUGUAAUGCUCGGGCUCCAGAGGGAACUGUGCUCGCAGGAGGGCAGGACUGCCGCACGAAGGUGGCAAACAGACCAUGCAGUAGAAUCUGUGUCAUGAUCCACGAGGACAUAUGCGUUUAUAGUCUUAGAGACCGACUCUUCUUUCUAUUUUGAUGCUGACUUGGUACAAUGUACGUGGAACAUGUAGCUCAUUCGGCUUGCAGCUGUGGAGCAUUGGCUUUCAGAACUUCACAUCUGGGGAAUAUCUGCAAUCUGUUUCAGGACUGAAGAUUACUAAACUGGUUCUAGUUCCCAAGUGCGAACUUCCUCCUUCAGGCUCUGAAAUACAGAAUCAGAUGAGGCAGCCUCUGAUUUUGUCAUCUCCUGAUAACAAGACAAAAAAAAGACCUUUCUUUUCAUCCAUGUUCCUCUUCAAACUGGACUCUGGAGAUAGUAUUUCUGAACGACUGGAAUGGAGACCAGCCGUUUACAGAAAGUGCACAGACACUCUCUGGCUGCUCCUCUUCUGUCUUUUCUGGGCUGGUUUGAUGUUUAUAAGUGGCUAUUCUGUGGUGGCUGGUGCUGCAGGAAGACUUGUGCUUGGAUAUGACAGCUUUGGGAACAUAUGUGGUCGGAAGAACACUCCUGUAGAGGGGGCAAAUCUUUCUGGAUUGGACAUGACUAAUAAAAAGUAUGUGUUCUUUCUGAAUUCAUGCAGCCUGGAAACGCAAAGCCUCAAAAGCAGUUCACUUUCCUUGUGUGUGUCAAGUUGUCCACAACAGCAACUCAACUCUUUGGAAGAUCUCCAGAGUUUUGCAAGAAAUAAUGGUUCUUUUCUUUGCGUUUACAACCUGAGUGUUUCCAGUUACACUCUAAAUCCAAAGGCAGCUCAGCUGUGUCCCACACUGCCAGUUCCACCAAGUAAGUCCUUUCCAUUAUUUAAUCGAUGUGUUCCACAAAAUCCUGAAUGCUAUUCCAAAUAUGCAUCUGCCUUAAUAAAUAUGGUUAAUGAAAUGGAUGUUUUUCACCGAAUUCUGAGUGGAAUAUUGGCAGGAAGAGAUACUGUGAUAGGACUGAGUGUCCUUGCACUAGCCUUCUCUUUGAUGCUGGUUUUAGCCUUCAGGUUCAUUCAGACCCUCCUCAUCCAUACUCUGAUUGCACUGGUUGUAUUUGGGUUGUUGUUUGUCUCAGGUGUUCUCUGGUGGCUCCAUUACGACUACAGGAAUGACCCCAGCACUGAACUGGAAACAGAAAAGGAAAAUGUAAAGUUCCUGCUCGGGUAUGCCAUCUUCUCAACAAUAGUUACUGUUGUUCUGCUCUCCCUUAUAUUUGUACUAAGAAAGAGGCUUCAGUUCGCUGUACAGCUCUUUCGAAUUGUUGGUAAAAUCAUUGGCAGAAUUCCUUUCCUCCUCCUCCAACCAUUCUGGACCUUUCUGAUUCUUGUUGUGUUCUGGGUAUUUUGGGUUGCUGUACUGCUCAGUUUAGGAACUGCAGGUACUGCACACUCCACUUCGGGAGGACAAGUAGAAUACAGAGCUCUGUCUGGAAUUUGCUACAUGGCUUGGUAUCAUUUUGUUGGCCUUAUCUGGACCAGUGAAUUCAUUCUCGCCUGUCAGCAAAUGGUGAUUGCUGGGGCAGUGGUUACUUGUUAUUUCAACAGAAAUAAAAAUAACCCACCACCUCACCCAGUCCUGUCUUCUAUAUCAGUUCUUUUCUGCUACCAUCUAGGAACUGCUAUAAAAGGUUCAUUUCUUAUCACAAUACUGAGAAUACCAAGGAUUGUUCUCUUGUACCUUUACAAUAUCCUAAACCACAAGGGGAAUGCAAAGCGUCUGUUCAACCGCUCUUCCUGCUGGGUUUGCUUCCAGAAAAGUUGCUUUAACCAGCAUGCAUACACAACUACAGCCUUAAAUGGGACAAAUUUUUGUACAUCAGCAAAGGACGCAGUCUGUAUUUUGGCAAGGAAUUCUGCUAAACUUGCAUCCAUUAGCUUUUCUGGAGAUUUUCUCCUAUUUUUAGGAAAGGUGUUUGUUGUAUGCUUUACAGUUUUUGGAGGAUUGAUGGCCUUUAACUACCACCGGGAGUUGCAAGCUUGGGUAGUUCCUCUGUUGCUCGUUGGAUUUUUUGCCUACCUAAUGUCCCACAGCUUUCUGUCUGUGUUUGAAGUGACAGCAGAUGCCUUGUUCCUUUGCUUUGCUAUUGAUAUGGAAACAAACGAUGGAACUGCAGAGAAGCCAUACUUUGUGGAUCAGGAGCUGCUGACAUUUGUGAGUCAGAGUAACAAGUUAACAGACGGGCGAAAACACAGAAGCACAAGACCAUUCCAGGAUAAUGAAGAUGGGACAGAGCUCCAGCCUAUGACUUGAAUGUGAAGUACACCAAGAAGCAUGGAAGCAGAGCAGCAAUAGCAAAAUGGUCAUAUCAGUAAAGGUUGCCAAUUCCCCAGGACACAGUAUUAGUUCCCUAAAUCUGUUGUGUCUUCUGCACUGGCAAAAUGACACACAAUCUGUUCGUGUGAAUAAAAUAUUUUGUGUGUCAUCACAUCUGAUUUUUAUUACUACACUUGUUAUGAUGGUCUGAAAGUUGAUAAUAAACUCACUCUUUUGUAAAUUUUC